UUUUGCAAACGCGUUGGAUUCUCGCGGUGCAAGCAAAAUGAGUCGAAAUGAGGGGAGCACCGAAGCAGUAAUUACCGUAACAGCAAGUCGCCUAUAUUUAAGUUCGCCGGUUGACGCCAAAAACCCUAAAACCCCCAAAGCCCUAAAUCGACGUUCUCGUGGCCUAAAACCCUUCUCUGCAGCAGCUCUCUCUCUCUCUCUCUCUCUCUCUCUGAUGGCGGCCUUGACUACGCUUCUACGUAGGGCAGCUUCUUGCGGGACGCCUGUUGCUCUGCGAUUCCUCUCAAGUCAAAGAAACCGCCGUGCUGCUCUAUCCACCGCCGUCAAUCACUGCUGCUCAUCCACAUUUUUCCCGGCGCCUCGAUAUUUUUCUUCUAAUAAACCCAGCUCCGGCGAUACUCUUCUCCGCGUCCUGGACUCUGAGAUAAAGUGUGCUGAGGAAUCUGACGAUCAUGAUCGGAUCGAAGAGAUUCCAGGUGGCUUCCCUUUUGAAAUUCAAGAUAACCCUGGUCAACAAACUAUAUCACUGAGCAGAGAAUAUCAGGGUGAAGUCAUCAAAGUCGAAGUUCACAUGCCUGAUCUUGUCACUGGGGAGGAGGAGAACGAGAAUGAUGAUGAUGAUGAUGAGAAGGGCAGUCAAUCUAGCAUUCCUUUGGUUGUUAAUGUUUCUAAGAAGGAUGGGCUCUGUUUGGAGUUUGGUUGUACUGCAUUCCCAGAUGAGAUUUCCAUUGACAGCCUGUCAGUCAAGAAUCCAGAAAGUUCCGAAGAUCAAAUUGCAUACGAGGGACCUGACUUCUCUGAUUUGGACGAGAAUUUACAGAAGGCUUUCCACAAGUAUCUAGAGAUUAGAGGAAUCAAGCCCAGCACCACCAAUUUCUUGCACGAAUACAUGGUCAACAAAGACAGUAGAGAAUAUUUAAUGUGGCUAAAGAACCUGAAGAAGUUCAUUGAGGCAUAAGCGACUGCCUUGUAGUCUGUAGAACAAUUUUGGUCAAAAUAUUCCAUAUGCAGUGAGUUCUUCAUGUUUUGCUUUUUGAGAGUUUGAACGUGGUUACUACCACCUCAUUCCGCACUUUCUAAAUAAUUGCUUGCUUAUGUGUUGUCAA